CCAUGGCAGCUCCUGAACGGGCAUGGUGCCUGCAGCAUGGCCCAGGCCCCAGGGUUGCAGCUUCUGCCCGUAGCUUCUGCAGGGUGGACUGCCACUCCUCCUGCUAUGAUGCCUGGGCAGAUCCUGGACCCUUCCGUGACUGCGGACUCUCUGUCAGGGCUCGGCCCCCUGACUGCAGAGGAGCUGAAAUACGCUGACAUCCACAACAUUGGGGCCAUGAUUGCCCCUGUGCACUUCCUGGAGGUGAAACUGGGCAAGAGGCCUCAAUCUGUGAAAAGUGAGCUAGAUAAGGAAGAGGAGCGGAGGAAAAGGUGCUGGGAAAAGAACAAAGUGAUGGCAGCCCGAUGCCAGAACAAGAAGAAGGAGCGGAAGGAGUUUCUGCAGCAGGAAUUUCAGUGGCUGGAGCUCAUGAAUGCAGAGCUGAAAACUCAGGUGGAGGAGCUGAGGCAGGAGAGGAAGAAGCUCAUCCUGAUGCUCAAUCAGCAUCAUCCUACCUGCAUCACCAGGACCGACAGCAUUAAGACCCCCCACUCAGAAGCCAACCCACUGCUGGAGCAGCCUGAGAAGAAGAGACCUGGGAUGGAGAAGGACACAGUGCCAGGCCCUGCUGUACCCACCUACCAUGGCCCAGCUCAGUCCUGCCUGGAGUGGCAGUCAGAGCCCACCGUCACCAGUCCUACUGCAGUUGCUGUGGGCACGAGGCAUGGGUACCCUUCCAAAUCACAUUCUCACUGA